CACGUUGCCACCGAGUUCUCCGCCACCCCCAUAGACGCCCAUCAGAGCAAUGUUAUCAGAGGACAGCAGUUUGACGGACAUAUCGUCCGAUGACGAUGACUAUGUCUCCAACAAAAAGGCGAAGAAAGCGAAGGUGAAGACUACAUGGAAGCCGAAGCAUGUCCUUAAAGCACCCAGGGUGACGCAAUAUUCCGCCCAGUCGCUGUAUGAUGAUAUUCUGAGCAGCAAGAUCGACCUAGACCCAGAGUACCAACGAGAUGUUGUCUGGCCAGAUACCAAGCAAUCUGGGCUCAUUGAUUCCCUUCUGAGGAACUUCUAUAUCCCACCUAUUAUAUUCGCAUUCUCUCAGACCGAAGAUGGGGAGGAAAGGAGAGUAUGUAUAGACGGAAAACAGAGGCUUACUUCGAUACAAAGUCGUACCAAUUUAAAAAUGUGGUAUAAACUACAGCCUGGAAAUGAAGGAGGUAGACUGUUACCCGAGCAGUAUCGAAAGCAAUUUUCGCGCAAGCAGAUCGCUUGUGUAGAGUAUUGUGAUAUCAAUGAAGAUAAUGAGAGGGAGAUAUUCCAGAGGGUCCAACUUGGGGUGGCACUCACACCUGCAGAACGCCUCCAAGCCAUUCCAGGACCAUGGACACAACUCAUUCGAGACGUGCUCAAUGUCAUGGAAGAGUAUAGGAUCAGCGACGAACUGGAAUGGGCGAAGACUCGGGGUAGAGACUUCCAAGCAGCCGCCUCUAGUGUUUAUCUUAUGGAGAAACCGGACGUAGGUUGGCCGACCGCCGGCUCGAUAGAGAGGUGGCUGCAGCGAGUGACUCCUCCUACGAAGGCAUUCAAAGAACGUGUCAUGGACGCCUUCGCUGUCUUCCGUCAACUAGUUCUAACCAAAAAGUAUUAUUCUGUGUUUCAUAAGCCAGCAAAGGUGUCUCCAAUUGAGUUUGUCAUGAGCGUUAUACUUGUUGACAAAUACUGCCGGGAACGUACGUUGGCUCAGUUGGUCGAGGGGAUCCGGUUGAUGCGCAAGGAUGUUCGUUCUAAACAUGCCGACAUCCGCGCAAACAGCAAAAUCACCAAAACGAUGAUGAGCUUCAUGAAGGACAAGUGGGCAGCUGGUUUCAAGAAGCUGGAUUCAUCAGAAAAGGACGCCUUGAAGGAAUGCAGAGCGAAUCCCGUCCGCCCACCUAUGGAAAAAGGGAAGCGCAAGAGGGGAAACUCGCCAGACUCUGAUGAGGACGACGGUUCCGAAGAUGAGCGGCCAUUGAAAUCCAAGGCUAAAACUGCUGCCAAGGUAGCAAACUCGAAGCCAGUGCCUCGAUCGUCUCCUGCUAUGCCUCGCGCAUCUGCUGCCUCGAUGCCCACCCCAAAAGGAUCACCACGUAUCAAUGUCAAAACAGAGACCACGACUGUACCCGAUUUCCAACCUGCUAGGAGGCCUGAUAGAUUUGCAGGGUUACGGCAGGCGAAGGCGAAGGCGAUGUCAGGCAGACAACCAUCAUCUGCGCUGACACCACCUCCAACUGCAGGACAAGGUUCUGGCACAACUUCCCAGCAGGAUCCUUCUCUUCAGGAGACAGUAUCAAAAAUCAUUAACAAUCCCAACCGUGGACCAUCAACUCAGCAAUCGCAGCAAAUGUGGCCACCUCAUCAGUUUGCACCUCCAGUGGGACAACCCAACACGGGUCAGGCAAUGGCUCAUCCGCCGAUGCAGAUCCCACCACAGCUCACUCAGCAAAUGCAUAACUUAAACAUGAAUGCGCAAGGCCAGAGUACAAUGCCGCCGCCUCCAAAUCCGAAUGUGAAUGGUACUGCUCCAUCCACUGGUAUGGCAACGACGGAUCCUCGGGUGAACCCGAAUCGCUCAAAUCCUACGACUCCACAACUGAACGGCACCAAUGGCGGUAUGCGUCCGUCGAGCACAGAUCCUCAGAGGCUACCUGACAGACCGCAGAGUGGACCUCCCAAUCUCCCGUACCAACGGAGUAUGAGUUUUUCUGAAGGAUCGGGUCCUACCAACGCUCCGCAGAGGCGAGACAGUCACGAUGGUCGUUUUGACCGUCCUUCUCAAGCUCUGCCGGACGGAUAUCGCGAAGGUGGCGGCAGGUAUAGUGAAGAUUACUCCCGUCGACCGCCGCCAGUACCUCGUGGCAGAGGACCAAGCAGUCCUGGAAUGCGAGGCCAGCCGUGGCAUCCUGGGGCAUCAACUCGCGAUCGUGAAGUAUUACCUCCCUAUGGUGGAGGUUUGAGCAGCCGUGAUCGGGACAGAGACCGUGGCAAUUACAACGGGACUUGGGUUCCUUCAAACGGACGUUGAAAAAUUGGACUAAGCCAGUCGAGACGCGUUACUCCCUUUUCUCGAUAGCCGUCUUUAUCUCUCGACACUCUGCAUUCGGCGAUAUUCUAGACCACCGUCUCGUCGACUUUUUUCAUACCUUUUCUUUCCGUUUUCAGCGUGUAAGUUAUUGUAUCAUUCAUACCUGUGACCUUGUCAGUGUUCCUUACCCCAAUUCCCUAAUGACGCGUCGCUGCCACCCUUGUAUCUUUUACCCACGAGCUGCGUUUUGCUGCUUCACCAAGAUUCUUGACAUUGUCUCUCUUUACUCCUUUACGUUUUUUACACGUCUACAACGG